UUCGCCAGCUCGGAUCCUCAGGGUUAUUCGAACACUUCUUGGGAGAGAUUUCUCGUCUGGAUUCUAAGAGGACUUUUGGGCUCUAGUUAUUUCCUUCUGGAGCGGAAGUAGGCUGUCCCGAGUUGUUCUAGUAAGCGGAUCCAGAAAGGUGGCCGAAUCUGCCAUCUCUGGCAGGGCUUGGUUGACCGGGAAUUAUUUUUUUGAUUCCACUAAGGCAGGUGAAGGAAGCAAGCAGCUGCAGGCAGAGACAAUGACGAAUCUGUAGCCUCUUGGACCUUUGGCCGCGCAAGGAAGACAGGCGAAGGAGUGCGCAGCCUAUUAACCAGCUCGCCCCGCCCGCCUGACGAAUCUGCGUCUACUCAACUCGCCGCUCGCGAUCCGAGCCCGGGCCGGCCUCCUCCCCGCCGCCCCGCCCCCUUCCCUCAGGACUGGUCGCAGCUUUCGUCGCCGCCGAUUCGUCAACAACCCCAGACGGGACCAGCCAGCUACCAGUGGCGAAGCCUACUCUCCAGGGAAUGCGGCCAAUCUCCAGGUUCCCUAGGCCGCAACUCCAGAGCCUCCCGAGGCAUCGGCCGAGUGUAAAUGAGCAAAGAUGGAUCAGGAAGGUGGGGGAGAUGGGCAGAAAGCCCCAAGCUUCCAGUGGAGGAACUACAAGCUCAUCGUGGAUCCUGCCUUGGACCCUGCCCUGCGCAGGCCUUCUCAAAAGGUGUACCGUUAUGACGGAGUCCACUUCAGUGUCAACGACUCAAAGUACAUACCAGUGGAAGACCUCCAAGACCCCCGUUGCCAUGUCAGGUCCAAAAACAGAGACUUUUCCCUUCCAGUCCCUAAGUUUAAGCUGGAUGAGUUCUAUAUUGGACAGAUCCCACUGAAGGAAGUGACUUUCGCAAGGCUGAAUGACAACGUGCGGGAAACCUUCCUGAAGGAUAUGUGCCGAAAGUAUGGCGAGGUGGAAGAGGUAGAGAUCCUUCUUCACCCCCGUACUCGCAAGCACCUGGGCUUGGCCCGUGUGCUCUUCACCAGCACUCGGGGUGCCAAGGAAACAGUCAAAAACCUCCACCUUACCUCCGUCAUGGGCAACAUCAUCCAUGCCCAGCUUGACAUCAAAGGACAACAGCGAAUGAAGUACUAUGAGUUGAUUGUCAAUGGUUCCUAUACCCCUCAGACUGUGCCCACUGGGGGCAAGGCCCUGAGUGAGAAGUUCCAGGGUUCUGGUGCAGCUGCCGAGACGACUGAAUCCCGCCGCCGCUCAUCCUCUGACACAGCUGCCUACCCAUCAGGCACUGCUGUGGUGGGCACCCCUGGCAACGGCACCCCCUGCUCCCAGGAUGCAAGCUUUUCCAGCAGCCGACAAGACACCCCCUCUUCCUUUGGCCAGUUCACCCCUCAGUCCUCCCAAGGAACCCCCUACACGUCUCGGGGCAGCACCCCUUACUCUCAGGACUCUGCCUACUCUAGCAGCACCACUUCAACUUCCUUCAAGCCCCGGCGAUCAGAAAACAGCUACCAAGAUUCCUUUUCCCGCCGCCAUUUCUCAGCAUCUUCAGCCCCCACGACUGCCUCCACAGCCAUCUCUGCCACCACCGCAGCCACUGCCGUGUCCUCCUCUUCUUCUUCCUCGUCGUCCUCAUCAUCCUCUUCUUCCUCGUCUUCUCAAUUUCGUGGUUCUGACUCAAACUACCCAGCAUAUUUUGAAAGCUGGAAUCGCUACCAGCGUCAUACUUCUUACCCACCACGCCGGGCUACUCGAGAGGAAUCCUCUGGUGCCCCGUUUUCUGAAAGUACUGCUGAGCGCUUCCCACCCUCCUACACCUCGUACUUGCCCCCUGAGCCCAGCCGGCCCACUGACCAAGACUACCGGCCUCCUGCCUCAGAGGCCCCACCUCCGGAGCCCCCAGAACCAGGUGGAGGUGGGGGUGGUGGAGGACCCAGCCCUGAGAGAGAAGAAGCUCGGACCUCCCCCCGCCCAGCCUCCCCUGCCCGCUCCGGCUCCCCAGCCCCAGAGACCACCAAUGAGAGUGUGCCCUUCGCCCAACACAGCAGCCUGGAUUCCCGCAUCGAAAUGCUACUAAAGGAGCAGCGCUCUAAGUUUUCUUUCCUGGCCUCUGAUACAGAGGAGGAGGAAGAGAAUGGCAGCGCUGGCCCUGGGGCCAGAGACCUUGGGAGUGAGGUGCCUUCUGGGUCAGGUCAUGGGCCUUGCACACCUCCUCCGGCCCCGGCUAAUUUUGAGGAUGUGGCACCAACAGGGAAUGGGGAGCCAGGGGCCACCCGGGAGUCUCCCAAGGCCAACGGACAGAACCAGGCUUCUCCAUGCUCUUCUGGAGAGGACAUGGAGAUCUCCGAUGAUGACAGGGGUGGCUCACCUCCUCCAUGGGGAGGGAUGCCCAUGUCCUUCCAGAUGCAGACCCAGAUGUUAACUCGGCUCCACCAGCUGCGGCAGGGCAAGGGAUUGACUGCUGCCUCGGCUGGUCCGCCGGGUGGGGCUUUCGGGGAAGCCUUCCUCCCUUUCCCACCUCCACAAGAGGCAGCCUAUGGUUUGCCCUAUGCUCUGUAUACACAAGGGCAAGAAGGCCGGGGUGCGUACUCUCGGGAGGCCUAUCACCUGCCUUUGCCCAUGGCAGCCGAGCCCCUGCCCUCCUCAGCCUCUGGAGAAGAGGCCCGGCUGCCUCCCAGGGAGGAAGCCGAGCUGGCAGAAGGCAAGGCCCUACCGUCAGCAGGCACUGUGGGCUGCGUGCUGGCCACCCUCGUCCAAGAGAUGAAGAGCAUCAUGCAGCGAGACCUCAACCGCAAGAUGGUGGAGAAUGUGGCAUUUGGGGCCUUUGACCAGUGGUGGGAAAGCAAGGAAGAGAAGGCCAAGCCAUUCCAGAAUGCAGCCAAACAGCAAGCGAAGGAGGAGGAUAAAGAGAAGACAAAGCUGAAAGAACCGGGCAUGCUGUCUCUCGUAGACUGGGCCAAGAGUGGGGGUACCACAGGCAUCGAGGCCUUCACCUUUGGUUCAGGGCUGCGAGGGGCCCUGCGGCUGCCAUCAUUCAAGGUAAAGCGGAAAGAACCGUCAGAAAUUUCAGAGGCCAGUGAAGAAAAGAGGCCCCGGCCCUCCACUCCAGCCGAGGAAGAUGAAGAUGAUUCUGAACGAGACAAGGAGGCUGGAGAACCAGGACGUCCGGGGACCAAGCCCCCAAAGCGGGAUGAAGAGCGAGGGAAGGCCCAAGGCAAGCACCGUAAGUCCUUUGCUCUGGACAGCGAAGGGGAAGAGGCAUCCCAGGAGUCCUCCUCCGACAAGGAUGAGGAUGAGGAUGAGGAAGAUGAGGAAGAUGAAGAGCGAGAGGAAGCUGUGGAUACCACUAAGAAGGAGACAGAGGCAUCAGAUGGAGAGGAUGAGGAAAGCGAUUCGUCCUCCAAAUGUUCUCUGUAUGCUGACUCAGAUGGUGAAAAUGGCAGCACAUCGGACUCUGAGAGCAGUACCUCAUCUUCCUCAUCUUCUUCUUCGUCCUCCUCUUCAUCCUCGGAGUCCUCCUCUGAAGAAGAGGAAGAAGAGGAGGAGCAGCCGACAGCCAUUCCCUCAGCCUCACCAUCACCCAGGGAAGUCCCAGAGCCCCUCCCGGCGCCCGUCGAGUCAGAGCCAGAGCAGGCAGUAGGCUCCCCCAUCACAUCCCUCCCCGAGCAGGAGAAGUCUCUGGCAAGGCCUACAGGUCCCACCGAGGAACCACCUGCCAGUGUGCCCCCGCCUCCCCCAGAGCCACAGACUGGACCCCCCGCCCCUCCGCCCCGCCUGGAUGAACGCCCCUCUUCUCCUAUCCCCCUUCUGCCUCCUCCCAAGAAGCGUCGGAAAACCGUCUCCUUCUCUGCCACAGAGGAGGCACCGGCCCCAGAGCCUCCCCCAGCUGCCCUCCUGCAGACCAAGUCUCCUGGCCCGGUGUCUCGGAAAGUCCCCCGGGGUGCUGAGCGGACCAUUCGUAACCUGCCCCUGGACCACGCUUCUCUGGUCAAGAGCUGGCCGGAGGAAGUGUCCCGAGGGGGCCGCAACCGGGCGGGAGGCCGAGGCCGCCCCGCUGAGGAAGAAGAGGCCGAGCUGGGCACAGAAGUGGACCUGGCAGUGCUGGCCGACCUGGCCCUGACCCCAGCCCGGCAUGGGCUGGCUGCCUUGCCUCCUGGUGACGACUCAGAAGCCACAGAGACCUCGGAUGAAGCUGAUCGCCUCGGCCCGCCCCUCAGCCACAUCUUCCUAGAGCACAACUACGCCCUGGCCGUCAAACCCACACCGCCUGCUCCGGCCCCGAGGCCCUUGGAGCCGGUCCCAGCCCCUGCGGCCCUCUUCAGCUCCCCGGCAGAUGAAGUCUUGGAGGCCCCUGAGGUGGUGGUGGCUGAAGCAGAGGAGCCAAAGGCACAGCAGCAACUGCAGGCACAGCAGGAAGAGGAGGAGGAGGAGGAGGAGUCUGAGUCCUCAGAGAGCAGCAGCAGUAGCAGCAGUAGCGAUGGGGACGGGGCUGGCCGGAGACGCAGCCUCCGCUCCCAUGCUCGGCGCCGGCGGCCAGUGCUCCCGCCGCCUCCGCCGCCGCGCCCCUCCUUCGAGCCCCGCAGCGAGUUUGAGCAGAUGACCAUCCUGUAUGACAUUUGGAACUCUGGCCUAGACUUAGAAGACAUGAGCUACCUGCGACUCACCUAUGAGCGGCUGCUGCAGCAGACCAGUGGGGCCGACUGGCUUAAUGACACCCACUGGGUCCACCACACAAUCACCAACCUGAGCACUCCAAAGCGCAAGCGGCGGCCCCAGGAUGGGCCCCGCGAGCACCAGACGGGCUCCGCACGCAGUGAAGGCUAUUACCCCAUCAGCAAGAAAGAGAAGGACAAGUACCUGGAUGUGUGCCCUGUCUCGGCCCGGCAGCUGGAAGGAGCGGACACUCAGGGGACGAAUCGUGUGCUUUCCGAGCGCCGGUCUGAGCAGCGGCGGCUGCUGAGUGCCAUCGGCACCUCAGCUAUCGUGGACAGUGACCUGCUAAAGCUGAACCAGCUCAAGUUCCGGAAGAAGAAGCUCCGAUUUGGCCGUAGCCGGAUCCAUGAGUGGGGUCUCUUUGCCAUGGAACCCAUUGCAGCCGAUGAGAUGGUCAUCGAGUAUGUGGGUCAGAACAUCCGCCAGAUGGUAGCCGACAUGCGGGAGAAGCGCUAUGUGCAGGAGGGCAUUGGUAGCAGCUACCUGUUUCGGGUGGACCACGACACCAUUAUCGAUGCUACCAAGUGUGGUAACCUGGCGAGGUUCAUCAACCACUGCUGCACGCCCAACUGCUACGCCAAGGUGAUAACCAUUGAGUCACAGAAGAAGAUCGUGAUCUACUCCAAGCAGCCCAUCGGGGUGGAUGAGGAGAUCACUUAUGACUACAAAUUCCCACUGGAAGACAACAAGAUCCCAUGUCUGUGCGGCACUGAGAGCUGCCGUGGCUCCCUCAACUGAGGUGGGCAGAACUGGUGCCCGCAUCCCUAUUUAUUCCCCUUGGUGCCCUGAGCUCCCGGCACCCCCAGCCUUAGUGGGUUCAGCAGGGCCCCCAUCUUCAAGGGCAGGGUUGAGGCCCAGAGCCCAGCGUGGGAGCCUCAGUCCCUUUUCUGCCUCUCCCACUGCCCCCGCCCCCCCAUACCUAAUUUUUUUUCUUUGCGGAGAAGAAGCUGUAAAUGUUUUGUAGCUGCCAGCAGCUGUUUCCUGUGGAAACCUGGGGUGCCGGCCUGUACAGAUCCUGUUCUUGGGGCUGCAGAGCCCCCUUGCUUUGUGUUAUGGGGAUUUCCCCUUGUGCCCUGCGUACACCCCUCCCCAGUUUAGGGGUCUCUAGGGGCAGUGGCCAUGUUCUUCCCUGGGGGGGGGCCCUGUGUCCCAACCCUGGGGACUCCGUGCCUGGAACCCUGCCUCCUCCUUUUCCUGCCAGACCCUGUGGGUCACCCUCCCACCCUGGGGUGGGGCUCCCGCUCAGCCAGCCAGGAUGGUGGGGGGUGGGCCCGUGUUGGGCUGGAUUGUACAUAUGUUAAUAGCGCAAACUCAACACAUUUUUAUAAUUGUGAUUAAACUUUAUUGUACAAAA